GGCUAUGGUCAUCAGCACUCUCGCUUUUUCCACCGACCCUAUCAAGACAUUCCUUCGCUACUGUGGAGGUCUUUAUAAUAAGGAAGCAUAAUACGGACAUCGGUGUAUACACUCUCAACGACAAGUCAGGAACAUCCUGGAAUGUCACCGAUAAGCCAAUCCGCUCUUUGGAUACCACUUACAUGGAUCAAGCAAUCAAAGAAGAUAUUCUCAAGGACGCAGAAGAAUUCUUCGACACUAAAACAAAACGGUUCUAUGCUGAUAACAGCAUCCCCUACCGUCGGGGCUAUCUUCUAUGGGGUCCGGCUGGCACAGGAAAGACGAGUUUCAGGUUUCGCAUUAGCCGGCUAUCUCAAAUACGAUCUGCGUCUGAUCAGCCUUUCAGCUGUGAAUGACAAUGCCCUUCUCGAAGCAUUUGGGAACCUCGAGGGCCCCUGCGUCGUCGUGCUCGAAGACGUCGACAGUGCAGGCAUUACCCACGAAAAUGCGAAGAAGGGUAACAACUCCGCUAAGCUCACUCUUAGUGGACUCCUAAAUGCAAUCGACGGCAACGCAGCGCCGGAGAACCGGCCGCUGAUCAUGAGAAGCAACUGCCCCGAAGCCCUCGACGACGCCCUUACCCGCCCUGGCCGAAUAUAUCGCCAGAUCUAUUUCAGCCAUAUCGCGCAACCCUCCGCGGCAAUCUACAAGCGCUUGGUCGCUAGGCUCGUGGCUCGUGAUGGCGUUAUUUCGAAACAAGAAAUCGAGCCGUUGGCGAAGCGCUUCGCGGAGCAGAUCCCUAAAAACUCGAUCACUCCAGCUGAGUUGCAAAAUACCUGCAGAUGUAUCGUGGCGAGCCAAUGCGAGCUAUCGAUGAGGUCGGUCCAUGGGUGGCCGAACUGAUUGCAAAGAGGCCGAAGACUGAUGAGUCCUGAGUCUUGAGCACCGAAUGAAAGAAGCUCGUGCAUUGCUAAAGCAUGAUAGUCCAAAGUUGUAGGAUAGCGAUACGGCAUUGAGGUGUUAAGGCGUUCAGGCGUUUGUUUUGGAAAGGAGAGGGUAUCAAAUGUUCUCCGAAAACAAUGUGAGUAGAUCUAGCGCAGCGUUGAUUGCUGCCUACAAAAAUCAGG